AAAUGCAUACUCACAAACCUGCCCAGGGGCGGACUGACCAUUUGGAAACUCGGGCACUGCCCGAGGGCCCGGGGUCAGUAGGGGGCCCCAUGAGAUGCCCCUGGUACCUUUUUCAUAGGCUUUUUUGAGUUUGGGCAAGGACACGGGCCCCAUGAUCCCCUAUUGCCCGGGGGCCCCAUGAGUUGUCAGUCCGGCCCUGAACCUGCCUAUCUAGUGGUGUUCCCCAAGGAUCUGUAUCUGCCGCAGCAUACCAGUCCCAUGCCACCAACUUCUGACUUCACCAGUUGUGCAAUGGCCCUGUGAUUACAU